UGCUCCUUCCCCUCUCUCGCUGCGUGAGGAAUGCUAACGGCUGGUCCACUCUAGGUUACAUCAUGGGGUCCAGCAAUCUUCCCACAGCACUGCUGCUGCUCCAGCUCACCCUGCAGAUGCAGCUCCUCCACGCAGGACCAGAGUCUGGAGCCUCUUUCUUUGGAGACGGCUACAUGGAGAUGCCCUUGGUGGAGGCGUACAGCACAGUCCAGCUCCACCUGCAGUUUUCAACAAGCCAGCAGAGUGGGCUCCUCUUCCUGGCUGCGGGACAGACUGACUAUCUCCUGGUGGAGCUCCGCUCCGGCGUCCUGCAGGUCAGACUAGAGCUGGGCUCAGAAGAAGUGACGAUCCAGUCUCCAGCAGGGCCACGCCUCAAUAAUCUAGUAACCCACGAUGCUGAGCUGUCGGUGGGAGACGGUAGGAUGACUCUGACCGUGGAUGGCCUCUUUAACACCUCUGUGGAGAUCCCAGGUCCCCUACAGCGGCUGGACAUUCAGUACGGCCUCUAUGUGGGCGGGACAGGGAGUCUGGAGCUGCCAUACCUCACUGGGUCCAGCUCUCCAUUCAGAGGCUGCCUCCAUAUGGCGAAGUUCAAUGGCCUUGAUGUUCUCUCUCCAUGGGCAUCUGAUGCUGGCUCUACAAUGUUCCAUGAGGUUCGAGAGGGGUGCAGCGAGGAGUUCUCUGCCGGGCCAGAUGACCCCUUCGGCUUCCUGGGCCCACACUCUUAUAUCGCUUUCCCGGGGUGGAGUGCGAGGGAAGAAGGGACUAUCGAGUUUGUGAUCAUGACGAGCAUCAAGCAUGCCCCCCUGAUCUACCAGUCGGGGCUGCAGAAUGACUUCCUGUACCUGGAGAUCUACGACGGGUGCCUGAGGGGGGUGGUGGAGAAAGGCAAUGGGGCCGUCAUCCUGCACAAUAACAUCUUCAUCAGUGACGAGCAGCAGCACUACGUGAAGCUCCACGUGGACAUCUACAAGUUUGAGAUCCUUGUCGACUACUAUGCCUCGAGGACUUCCAACAGGGGCAUCCACAGCUACCUCGAUCUCCAGGGCAGCCUCUUCGUUGGCGGCAUGAAUGAAAAUGCCUCACACAGGCUAAAGGAACGCCGGCUUGCUUUCACUUCAGGGAGCAGCACUGCCAACAGCUCCUUCAUUGGCUGCAUGGAGGACCUGAGGGUCAACCUGGAGAAGAAGAGCCUGCAAGACGCUCUGGUCACAAAGGACAUAACAUCCGGCUGCAGGAUGCAGGAGCAGUACUCAGAUUAUGAGGAUGCAUAUGAGCGGGACGAGGCACCCAUCACCCCAACUCCUGAUGUUUGGCAGGGAGCAUUAGGCCCGGUGGUAGAACCAUGCCACCUUGACCCCAACCUCCCUCCUGCCUUUGCUAACUUCACCAAAUUGCUGCAAGUCAGCCCCUUGGUCAUAGCUGAAGGAAGCACAGCCUUCCUGGAAUGGCAACAUACCCAACCGACAAUAGACCUAAGCAGCGCAAAUAUCAGACAGUCUCAAGUCCUCUUUAGUGUCACAAACGAACCCAGGCAUGGCCAGCUGGAACUAGACAUCCACAGCUCUAGGAGCAGAAGGAAAUUCACAUUGCUAGACAUAGUGAAUCGGAAAGUCAAGUAUGUUCAUGAUGGCUCUGAGGGUCCCAUGGAUCAGCUGAUGCUGGAGGUAACUGUCACGACCCGAAAGGGGAUUCCUGAGUGUUUAUGGCAAGGCCAGACAUACCUGCUGCCAAUAAAGAUCAACCCCAUCAAUGAUGCCCCGCAGGUGAUCUUCCCCCACGGAGACCUCAUGGUGAUUCUGGAGCAUACGCGAAAGCAUCUAAGCAUGGACAUCAUCCAGGCCCUUGAUGACGACACACCCUGUGACAGUCUGAAAUUCCAGCUGCUUGGUGGCAAGAGGAUGGAAGAAGGUUACGUGGAAUAUGACUUUAAGCCUGGGGUGCCCACAGAAGAGUUUUCCUGCAGGGAUCUGGAAGCGGGCAACGUGGUCUACGUCCACCAGAACGGCCCAGCGUUACAGGUCAUCUUCCAAGUUAGUGAUGGCUUGGUAAGAAGCCCGGUGGCCACUUUAAGAGUCAUCGCUAUAGAGCCUGACAUCCAAGUGCGCAACAACACUGGCCUGUUUGUCUCACAAGGAAGUGCCGUUCCAAUUACCACAGCCAACCUCUCCGUGGAGACCAAUGCCGUGAAACAAAGAGUGAACAUCCUGUAUCGCCUCACAGAGCCUCUCUGGUAUGGCGAAGUUCAGAAGCAAGGGAGCAUGGGGGGGGAAUGGAAGAGAGUUGAGUCCUUCCACCAGCAGGACAUUGUGCAAGGGCGCAUACAGUACUUCAGCCUGGAUCCUGAGCACCAUCUGGAAGAUGUAAUGGAGAAGCUGAGGUUCGAGGUCCAAGUUGGCCAGAAGACCUUACCAAACAACACUUUCCUAAUCAGGAUCAAGAAGGCCACCAUCAAGAUGAGGACCCUGGUCCCCCUUCAGAUGAAGAAUAGGUGGCAUCAAAACAUCACUACCAGGGAAAUGGAAGCAGUAUUGGAGGAUCCAAGCUCUGACCCAGUUUCCUUCUACUACAUGAUAAUCCAGGCACCCAAAAAGGGGAACCUUGAGCUUCUUGGUAGCAGGCUGACAGAGGGCUUUGGAUUUACCCAACAGGACUUGCAGAGAAAACACCUAAGUUACAGUGCAACAAUCAGAAACUCUAAAGAGACUGAGGACUCUUUCCAGUUCCGUGUCAUUGCUGAUGCCCAGUAUUCCCCCAUGUACACUUAUAUGAUAAGCAUUGGGGGUGACCCAGAUGCACCUGUCCUGACCAAUGUCCUUCUAUCUGUCCUGGAAGGAGGGCAGGCCGUCAUCUCCAAGGACCACCUGUUUGUGAGGAGUUUGAAUAACAUGGACUACCUGUAUGAGGUGAUUGAAGGGCCGACGCAUGGGAAGCUGGUCUGGAGGACACCAUCCAACUGGCCUUCCCUCAUAACAGAAUUCACCAAUGAGGACAUUCUCCAGGGCAGGCUUCUGUAUCAGCAUGACAACUCUGAGACCACAGAGGAUGAUAUCCCAUUUGUGGCCGUCAAGCAGGACGAGGGUAGUGCUGACUCUGAUGCGGAGGAGGUGAGAGGUGUCUUCAGAGUCUCCAUCCAGCCCAUCAAUGACCACCCGCCAGUCCAGGUAGUGAGCAAGGUCUUCAACGUAGUGCGGAACGGGCAGCGCCUGUUGACCACCAAUGACAUCGCCUUCACAGACCAGGACUCCGGAUUCUCUGACACACAGCUGGUGCUGGUGAGGAAGGACAUUCUCUUUGGUAGCAUCAUUUCCACUGAUGACAGGAGCCGCCAGGUGUAUCGCUUCACGCAGGAUGACUUGAGGAAGAAGAAGAUACUCUUUGUCCAUUCCGGAGCAGACCGGGGCUGGAUACAGCUGCAGGUCUCUGACGGCCUGCACCAAACUGCAGCCCUCCUGGAAGUACAGGCCUUGGACCCCUACAUCCAAAUUGUCAACAACACUGGCUUAGUCAUCCACCAAGGGAGCCAGGGGACCAUUGACUCCUCCAUCCUCAGCCUGGAGACCAACAUGGACAUAAGGAACGACGAGGAAAUCUGGUUCCAGAUUACUACCCCGCCAAGGUGGGGGGUGGUGCUGAAAGGGGGCCAGCCAGUGACUUCCUUCUCCCAGAAGGAUCUGCUGGCAGGAGAAGUGAUCUAUCAGCACAACAGCAGUAGGAAUGCCAAGGACAAGUUCAAGUUCUCUGUGGAAGCUAACCAGGUGGCUGUAGAAGACACGCUGGAGAUCACUGUGUUCCUGGACACCCAUCCUAGUCCCCUGACCAUCAUCCACCUCAAGAAGAUACACAUCUUCCAAGGAGAACCGGUUGAGAUUAAGAAAGACUAUUUACUGGUAGUCCACGAGGACAUCCCUCCUCAGGAGAUUAUCUACUCGGUGACCAGUCCCCCGCGCUUAGGAUCCCUGAUGAUGGUUUACCACAGCGGCACCUCCAACGAGCCUCCCAUCUUGAACCCCAUUCAGUCCUUUACCCAGGAGGACAUCAACGAAAGCCAAGUGCUCUACCUGCACUCUGGGCCUGAGGGGAAGAGCGACCAAUUCACCGUGGAUGUCACGGCUAGUGGGGUAGAGACCCUGGAGGGGAUUGUGGUGGACCUGGAAGUCCUUCCCUUUUCAGUCCCCCUGGACAUCCACAACAUCACAGUGACUGAAGGGAGCUCCAUAACCCUCUCCACGGACAUCCUGACCAUCCCCAGCGCCUAUUUCACAGCCCUGAAUGUGGAGUUCAUGGUUCCCGAGCCCCCGAGACAUGGCGUCAUCCAGAACAUAGUCAGACCUGAAGAGGGCAACCUGCACUUCUUCACCUGGAAUGAGGUGGAGCAGCAGCACAUCCAGUACGUGCACGACGGCAGCGAGUCCCUGGCCGAUAGCUUCACCAUCAUGGCCAACGCCUCCGAGGUCAACCGGCAGAGCCAGCCCAAGACCGUCUCCAUCACUGUCGUGCCACGCAAUGACGAGGGGCCCACAAUCACCAUCAACGCCGGGCUGCAGAUGCAGGAAGAUACCACCGCAGAGAUCACUCCCGAUAUCCUGAGAAGUGAAGAUGAGGACUCCCCUCCAGAGGAAGUGGUUUAUUCCAUCAGGCCCCCAGCCAAUGGGAAGGUUGUGCUGAGGUCGUCUCCUAGCAACGGGAUCCUGCAGUUCACUCAGGCUCAGAUAAAUAGUGGACUUGUUCAGUUUGUGCAUGAAGGACCCCUUGAUGGUGGCUUCUCCUUCAAUCUAUCUGAUGGCGAGAACAUCUCCCCCAGGCAUUUCUUCACUGUGAGUGCCCAGAAGAAGCUGGUCAUCACCUUGGAAAACCAACAGGAUCUCACUCUGUGUCCAGGGACCCUUCAGCCAAUCACAAGCCAGAAUUUGAAAGCAGUAACCAACAGCAAAGCAGAUUCCCGUACCUUAUUUUACAGCAUAGAGGAGCCCCCACAACUGGGCAGGCUGGUGAAAUACCAUCUGGGCAGUGCUAGUGGACCACUAGAGAACUUCACCCAGGCUGAGGUGGAUAGAGGAAUGAUUUUUUACCAGCACAACAUGCCUCAGCAGCCAUUCUGGUUUACCCAGGAUGCUUUUCACUUCCGAGUCUCCUCCCCACCCACAGUAACCAAUUCAUCCGUCCUCAGAGUGCUGGUCUCAUUCGAGGCAAGCUGUCCCCAUCCCUCAACGAAACUGUGGAGAAACCAAGGCCUCAGGAUCCUGGAAGCUCAAAGAGCGCAAAUUGACACCUCAGUGCUGGAUGCUUCCAACCUGUUGACCAAAGUUCCGGAGUCCAAGCGGGCAUCCUAUGAUGUAGUGUUCCGAGUUACGAAGCUGCCCACCCAUGGGCACCUUUCGCUUGCGGACGUAUCCAUCAGCAAAGAGUAUCCCUACUUCCUGCAGUCCGAUGUGGUCAUGGGUAACCUGCAAUACGCUCACCGUGGGUCUGGGACCCGCGAAGAUAAUUUCAGAUUUGAGGCUUGGCUGCAGCCUAGGGCUAUGAAGUUUACUCGGCCUCCACAGGAAGAAAGGGGAUUGGUCAUUUCUGAAGCAUUCAACAUAACAGUGAGCGAGAUCAAUGAGAAACCACCUCGCCUCGCAAAGCAAGGCCAUGCUCUGCAGGUUCUCCAAGGCUCCGCGGCGGUGCUCUCCCAGGAUCAUUUGGAUGUUAUAGAUCCUGACAGUUCCCCUGAAGAGGUUGAAUACAAAAUCCUCAAGGGGCCAUCCAAUGGCUUCCUGGCCAACACACACAACAAACAGGUGCCUAUCAGUCAGUUCACCCAAGCAGACAUCAAUGACGGGCACCUAAUAUUCAUCACCAAUGGGAGUGGUUCUCCUGGGUCCUUAGAGUUCAGCAUCUCCGAUGGGCAUAAUCCACCCAUCUUCACUUCUCUGGAGAUUGAGGUUCUGCCUGAAGUAACCACAGUAAUGAGCCAUAUACCCCUGGAAAUACCCCAAGGCCUAAACAUUGCUUCGCUGUCCCGAGAGCACCUCCUGGCGGCAUCACACCCAGGGGAACAAGAAGUCCAUUACACAAUCACCAGGGAUCCAAAAUUUGGCCAGUUGAGGGUCAAUCAAAGUCCAGUAAGAAGCUUUUCCCAGAAGCAAGUGGACAAUGGUGAAGUGACUUUUACUUUCACAGAUUUCACCUCUGCCAAAGAUGAAUUCCAGUUCCUCUCAACGUCCAAAGGAGCAAACACAUCGGGGGGAGUGAAUGUGACAGUCAAGGCCUUGGUCAGGACAUGGCAGGGGAUUCGGUGGCCGAGGGGAACCACCACCCUUCUGGACACCAGGGUCCUUGAUGCCAGUGAGCUGGCCAACAAGACAAAGAGCAUCCCAGCUUUUACAAUCCUCAGAGCCCCCCAGGGCAGCCAUUUUGUGAAAAUCUCAGGAGACAAAGAGAGUCAGCAUGCGCCCAUAGAUACCUUCACCCAGCACGACCUCGAGCAGGGGCUGGUCGGGCUGCAAGUUCUGGAAAUGGAAGAUGCUGGCCACCACUUGUUGAAUGACAGCUUUCUGUUCAAGCUGGCAGCUCAUGGGGUGCCACCUGCCUUGGAAUUUCUGGGGUAUAGUACAGAGCCGUACAACUCCUCCAUGCCAUACGGAACCCCGCUGCUCAGAGCCCCCUACCUCCCGGAGACGAGUGACAGGCAAACACCCCAAGAGGUGAGCCCCUCCUCACAAACACUGGCCACCCAACCCCAAGGCUCCGACCAGCUGAGCCACAACACCAGCAAGCAUGACAUGCUUCCAACAGCCUGGGGGGGCCACGAAGCUACCACAAGCCCCUCUCCCUUGGAGGGGGGCACAUUCCUCAGCUUCAUUGAAGCCAACAUGUUCAGUGUGAUCAUCCCAAUCUGCCUGAUCAUCCUCCUCCUGGCAUUAAUCCUUCUCCUGAUCUUUUAUCUCCACAAACGCAACAAGACCGGGAAGCACAACGUCCAGGGGACAACUUCCAAACCCAAGAAUGGGGCAGUGGUCGACCAGGAAACCUUCCGCAAGACUGACCCGAACCAAGCCAUUCCUUUAACGACUGUGAACUCUCUGGAGGCCAAAGGAUCGGGGCCCACGGGCAAAGGGCCAGGAGGGCAGCAGGACCCCGAGCUACUUCAGUACUGCAGGACAUCCAACCCCGCCUUAAAAAAUAACCAGUACUGGGUCUGAACGCUGGGCCGAGAGUCUAAAAGGCAAGACUGUCUCCAAGCAGGGCUCCUCGGCCUCCUGGAUUGUUAUGGAGUCAUCCUGCCUCUUCCUCCUCCUCCUUCCUGACCAGCAGGAGGCAAUCCCAUUGACACAAGAGGACUCCUGGGGAUGCAGGGUCCCCAAGAUGGUUCCAGAGUCUCACUGAUAUGACAGCAGGGAAUCUCCCUGAAGGGAAUAAAUAUCUUGACAUCCCAGGUCUCCCAGUUGUUUGGGUGGGAUGGGAGGGGGGAAGGAAAGGACAGCUGAAAGCCAGAUAACUCCUGUGGGUGACUUAACAGUGCAGUGUAAUAGGCCGGGGGGCAGGGGAAGGUUGUGGGAAUACAGUGUGCCCCCAGUGAAUCCUUUCCAGGCAGAUAUUUGGCCACCUCAAUAGCUCAUCUGCACUGGGAAAGAGUUACAGAUACCAAUAAAUCAUAGGACAGGUAGGUCCCGGCUGGCCCAUCUCGCUCAGCCCAAGCACAGGAGUGUUUGCACUUAACCAUUUCAGUGAGGCUGGUCAGGGCCGCCCGGGGGGGAGCAAGUGGAGCAAUUGGCCCCAGGCUCCCCAGGGGCCCCGCGAGCCCUGGCUGAGAAUCCCUUUCCUGGCUAGAGGCGCCUUUUUACUUACCCGGCGGCGGUCCAGGUCUUCGGCGGCAUUUCGGCAGCGGGUCCUUCAGUGUUGCUGAAGACACGGAGCGACUGAAGGACCCGCCGCUGCCACAGACUUGGAGCGCCGCCUGGUGAGUAUGUCCGCUCCCCCGCUUUGCCCCAGGUCCCCUGAAUCCUCUGGGCGGCCCUGAGGCUGGUGGGAGGUGAGCUUUCCACCAGGGUGUUUUUCAAGCUCUGGCACAAAAGGCAAGAUUAAGAGCAAUUUGCAUUCAGUCAGGGUGAUCACAGAGCCCUUCAAAUUCCCCAGGGCUAGGUGGGCUGAGGCACUGGCCCUUACGAUCAGAAAAUCUCCAUUGCCGAAGCCAAGGGAAUUUAAAUUGUCCCCACCCAUUCAGAAAAGCAAUCUCUUUUUCUUUGAAUAUUUGUCAUGUGUUGCAUCAGAUGGAUUGAACAGUCAUUUACCAUAUUGCACAACAGGUAGAAGGAAUGUAACAGAUUACAAAACUGGAGCAUGUUUGCAGUGAUUAGGGUCUAUCAGGAUGCCACUAUCUGGGACGUCUGUUGGUGUGUGGAAUAUAUUUUAUGAAACAGAUAACAAACAGACGGGAUCCGAUCCUCAGCUGGUGUAACUCAGCAGAGCUCCACUGAUUUUCACCAGCUGAGGAUCUGGUCCUGUGCUAUAUCGAACCUGAUUCUGCUCUCCCUUAUGUCAGUGUAAAUCAGGAGUAACCCCACAGAAGUCAAAGGAGAUACAUGUGAGAGAAGAAUUAGAACCGUUAUAAGGACACUCCAGCAGAAGUACCCACAACAGGUGGAUCAUAUGAUCAUAUUGUUCUAAACAAAUAUUCUGAUAUUCUCCAGAGGGGAUGCCCUCCAGACCUGUUCUCAGCCCUGCUAGUUCUAGAACAACAUUUGGAAAGAAUGGGUGAAAUCCUGGGUCUUGCUCAGUUUCUACUCAGUAGAAUUCCCAUUGACAUCAAUGGAAAUUAACCUGAGUAAAGACAGAAGAAAAACUAAGUUAUGAGCUCAGGCUCUGACCCAAUAAUAGUCCUUUGUAUUGCUACAGCUGAGAAUCUCAUCUCUCAUUGAGAUUGGUGUAACUCCACUAAAGCGAAUGUACACCAUUCUAACUCACAGUAGAACUUGGCCUUCAUUUAAAUUUACUUUUAUUGUUCCUUCCAAAUCGACUGUUUGGUCCUGGAACCCCAGGGGUGUUCCUGUUAUAUUAUAUCUAGUGUCAAUGCAAAGAUGAGACAUGUUUAUUUUGCUGAUGCUGAAGUUUACUGUUUACGUACGGGGACGAAUUUUUAGAACUGUGGGUGCUAAAUUGCACGUCGGACUCCAGAUCCUAAACGCGCGUGUGUGUGUGUGUGUGUGUGUGUGUGUGUGUAAACCCUGCUUUGUGUGCACAGCUACCCUUGUGCACAGGCAAAUCAGAGCAUGCAUACAUUACUAUUUGCAUGCUUAGAAAUGCCUGCGCAGUGUAGCAUGCACGCUUUUGAAAAUCUGGCUUCAGGGUUUCUAUAAUAACAAAUACUUUAUCUCUGAGACUGCUCUUGUGCCGUAGGACAUGAAGGGCUGUAACGAACUGCAAUGGAGUUGAGGGCUAGGUUUCAUUCCAGCAGGAGGAAGAGGGAGGCAAUGACUCAUUUCAAGUUCUCUUCCUCCUCGUUUGCAGUGACGAUGCAUGCUCCCUGCAUGACACUAGAAACUUAGCACUCAAGAAAGUAAGACUGACAGCACUGACCGGAGCAGGGUAGCGCAGGCUUCUCAUACACAGCUCUGCCAAUCCAAAUACCUUUGUUAUUCCAGUUCUGGCCAGGUCUGCAUGUAUUUUGCCAAUGCAUCUCAUUUCUGUCCUGCAGCAACCCUGCCAUUCCAAUCUGACUCCAGGUGCAUCUCUGCCAAUAUACUCCCAUCCCAAUGGGAGACACUCCUAGACCUCCACAGAGCUUUGCCUACACUCCCCCAUCUAGAUUUUUAUCAGCAAGUUUGUCCAUUAUCAGGACCCCACAGAGCUCUGCCAAUACACCUCAGCCCCGACCUGCAAAGGCCUUUUGCUGUAGGGAAGCAGUAUGGCCUAGUGAAGAGUGCACUGGACUGGGACUCAGGAGACCUGGGUUCUAUUUCUGGCUUGUAGGGACGGCUCCAGCGUUUUUGCCGCCCCAAGCGUCAGGAAAAAAACACAAAACAAAAAAAGGCGCGAUCGGCGGCACUUCGGCGGCAGCUCUACCGCCGCCGCUUCAUUCUUCGGCGGCAAUUCAGCGGCAGGUCCUUCCCUCCGAGAGGGACUGAGGGACUGUAGCGGGGUGGACACCCACUUCUGCCUAGAAGGCUUGAAAGCAGCCCUGGAGAGGGCUGCAGCUCUAAAAGCUGGGCUGAUUGGGGAAGUGGCUGCAGCUGGGCCACACCCCAAUCAGGCCACAGCUGGUCUGUAUAAAAAGGCUGGGAGCCAGGAGCUCAGCAGUCUCUCUCUGCAUUCAGAGAGAGAAGGGCCUGGCUGCAGGCAGGGCUGGCUUUAGGAAGUGUGGGGCUCAAUUCAAACAUUUUUGGUGGGGCCCUGGCAGGGAUGACUAA